ACAGACGGUCUUCAAUAUUCAGGGACCAGAUGCUUUCUAAGGGGGACCAAGUGACGACCAACCCAGAAUAAAACCAAGCAACCGAGGCAAUAAUAAAAAUCCAAAAUGGAGCUUACAGACAGCCACACGAACCCAGCUUACGAGACACAUGGAGGUAACGAAGCGAGUUUUCAUCACCACGCAUCGAGCGCAGAACAGAAAAAUGGUGAAAAUAGUGAUGAUCUUCAGAGAGUUGCCGCCGAGAACAAGAACAAAAACGUCGUGUUCAUAGGCAGUGGUGACAUGACUUUGGCACUGUCUGUUGCCAUGAGUCGCGCAUGUCUUCAGCCUGUGGUCGGGAGUAGACACCCAGACAGGGCUAAAGUUCGGCUGAAGGAAGUGGCUAUAGUGACAACAGUGAGCGAGGCACUCUCUCGAGGUGACGUAGUAAUCCUGGCCAUCCCAGCUGAUCACCAUCACUCUCUGCCUCGCCAAGAACUCAAAAAUAAAAUCGUGGUGGAUAUUAGUAACAGAGCACCAGGUUCCUCCUUCAAGAACCUGAGUCUUGGCGAGAAACUUCAGGAGCUUCUUCCGGAGAGUCACGUGGUCAAGGCUUUCAACACCCUCUCGGCCUACGCCCUCCAGCACGGCAAUAUUCAAGGCAGCCGCGAGGUCCCCAUCUGCGGCAACGACGCGACGGCGCGAGCGAGAGUAUCUGAAUUGGCUAGGGACUUGGGACUCACGCCCGUGGACCGGGGCGCCCUUAGGAACGCCCGGGAGGUGGAGAGUAUCCCCCUCGCCUUCUUCCCCGAGUGGAAAGCCGCUGGGAUCAUGACCCUUCUGCUGUUCGUCUUCUGGUACAUCUUCAUGCUGUUCAGAAACCAGAUCUGCCCCAACAUCGACAGCGGAACGGAGUGGAACUGGGAAUUAUUUCAGAUAUUCCCACUCAUGAACACUCAGUACGCUAUGGCCUACACCGCUACCUGCCUCCUUCUGUUUACCUACAUACCAGCUGCCCUAUUGACGGCUUCGCUGGCAGUGUUGGGCAUCACUUCCCUUCCGUCCGUAUCCGCGAGACUGACCUGGCGAGAGUUUUCCAUCCUGCAGCGUUAUUUAGGAUGGUUUUCGGUCUUCUCCGUCACCAUCCACGCCAUAUUCAGUGACUUCGAGCACUUAUACAAGGCUGAGUUCGUUUGCAUCUUCCUCCCUCUCGGCACGCAGGUGAUCGUGACAAUGUGUCUGCUCACCAUUCUGAUGAAACUGCCCCUCCUCCUGCCCUGCGUUGAUGCCAACCUCGACAAGAUCAGGAGGGGGUAUGAGAGGGGGGGGAGUGCGGCGUCACCUGCCUGAUUCUUUUUUUCUUUUUUCUUUUUUUGUGAGGAGAGGGGGGAGAUGGAAAACGGAGGGUUUUUUUUUUUGGGGGGGAAGGGGAAAGGCGAGAGGGAAGGGAAUGGAGAAACAGAUAAUAAACAUAAAAUAAGGAAUAUCGAAAGUAAUAAAUUCUUUUUUUCUGUGUCUUUCGUGUAACAAAUUUCUUGUGACUUUUAAUCAUUGUAUCAUGUUAAGAAACUAUUUCAAAAAUAAAUUGAUAAAUACCUGAAAAAUUAUUUUUUUACUAUUGAUACAAGCUUUUAUUUGAUUAAUCGGUUAUAAACAUUAUAAGUAUAUACAUUUAUAAAUAUCCCUUAUUGUAUAUGUAUAAAUUAAUUAAUUAAUAGAUUUAUAGACAUAUAGAACAGAAUCACGUCUUUCCGAUUUUUUAACGAUACCAGAAAACAGAAUUAUAUUAAACACUGAUGUUUACUUGUCCAAACUUCACUGCAUUAUUCAAUUUAACUUCGAUCCCUAAUUAAAACUUUAUAUGCAUCAAGACAGAUAACCUCCACGCUGGAAAAUAAAAACACAUAAUUAAAAGGAGAUUAAUAACAAAUCUUCUAUUCAAAUUAUUUUUUUUUUUUAUUGCUAUUUUUUUCAUUAUCUUUAACGGAAUAGAAAUGGUGUUGGAUAGAAGUUCACGUAAGAUCUUAACCCGAAAAUAUUAAGAAUGAUUAUGCCUUUGAAUUUGCAUCCAUAUUUCUCAUUAAUUAUGCUUUCUUGGUUAAUUACAACUUCUCUUAACCCUUUCAUUAGUAGUUGAUAUAAUUGAUAUCAGUUAAUUGAUGCAAAAUCUUGGCUAUUGAGGAUAAAAGAGGAUAUUUCUCUGUAGAUACCAUAAAGAGACAGAAGUGUUAAAUAUUACUGAAAAGUUUAUUUAAUCAUCACGAAAAGUUUGAUUAUUCCAAUUAUAUGUCUACCUGUCUGUUUGUAUAUUUAUUUUGAUUGGUUUUUCAAAAUCCAUUUUUUUACCGUCCUGCUCUUUUUCUUUUUCUUUUUUUAUUUUAUUUAUUUAUUUUUUUUAGAAAAUAAACUAUGUAACCAAACAUGAUUUUAUAUUCACUUCAAAAUUAUAUUAACUGCCUUUGGUUAAUGAAUUUCUGUUGUAAAACGUAUAUUUUUUCCUGCCUCUCCUUUGUGCCUCUGUACUUCGGUUCAAGAUCUUGUAAGAAUAAUCAGUUUAUGAUAAAUAAAGUAUUAACGUGUUUCAUGAUUACUUUAUAAACAUGGAAUUCUCUCUCUCUCUCUCUCUCUCUCUCUCUCUCUCUCUCUCUCUCUCUCUCUCUCUCUCUCUCUCUCUCUCUCUCUCUCUCUCUCUGUCGUGGUAUAUCUCUCGUAGAAGUAGGACGUGUUUUAGUGCUGUCCUCAGUCGUGACAGAAUCCUGUGUUUACCCGCCCCUAGACAAGGAGCGGGCGAGGUGCCUCUGGUCCUCCAGCUAUUUGUCACCUCUUCCCAGGUGUCAGCAUGGCUAGUGUUGUUAUAUCUGACGUAGAAAUGGAGGAUAAAAGUUUAACCUCGCAAGGACAUGUUGAAGUGGAUCCCGUAAGAGGGAAAGAAGUGAAGGAAGUGUGGACAUGAGUGACAAUGAGAAUGGAUGCGAGCGGGAGGAGAAGAGGAAGAGGAACGAAGAGGGAACCUAAGCAGGAAAUCAGCGUGUCGAUGUGAAUGGCAGGAAGCGAUUGCUAUUCCCACAGGACUGCGCCAUGAGUUUCCUGGAGAAAUUAAGGUGGGCCAUGGAACUGGGUCGGGACCACCGUGAUUUCGAGCCACUUAUGAAGGAAGGCAGAGGGAGGCCGUAUCUCACGGGACGGAAAGGCGAGGCGGAGCAGACACUGACGGCUCAGGGAUACCAGGGGACAGCGGUGACUGUCCCAAAGGCUGGGGAAAGAAUCACUAACGUGAUAAUUUUCCGAUACCCGACCAUACUUGACUGGGUGAAGCGGCACGCGUCCAGGGGCGAGGAGUGGAGUCAGCUCGUUGCCCUCCUGAAAGGGGAAGUGCCAGAGAGAGUAUUUAUCUUGGAGCAGGGUACAGGAGGAUGGCACCGCCAGUCAUGUGCCUCACGUGUUGCAGAUGGGGCCAUAAGUCUUGGACCUGUCAGCAGGAUGCUCGAUGCAGGUUCUGCGGUAGAGAGCAUGACUCCAGGAUCUAGAUGCUGCAAUUGCGAAGGCCCCCACAAUGCCGGGUCUCUGGCAUGCAGGGCAAGGCCUCAAUCAAAGCUCAUUCCGGCGGUUCCCCAGCAAGGAAUCGCGGGAAAGAAAAAAAGCCUCGCCUCGCAGGCAGAGGUGCAAAGGGAGGGCACAACUACAAUCCCCAACGCCUGGCUGCGGGGCCCACCGCGUAUGGCGCCGUCGUCCAAGGGAAGCGAUCAGCCUCAGGACGACGCAGGUGCAGGAAAUGAAGGAAGUGCCGCGAAGGAGUGAUGCAGAUUUUCUUGGAAAGAAGUAUCGGCAGUCACCCGGAUGCUGCAGACACUGAUGCAGAGAAUGGGUGUAAUGGAAUAGGAUCUGACACAAUUUAUGGACAGAAAAACCGAGGAACAGAAGGCAGUCACAGAAACUUCCCCCCAAGAAGCAGAAAUUAAAUAUAGAAAAGUUAGUGUUCCUGUAGAUAAACAAAGUGUAGACUGUAAGAUAAAAAUUCAGGGAAAGGAAAGGAAAAUAACAGCGAGUGUAGUGGGUGGAACAUCCUCUGCAGACUUCAGGUCACUCUUGCUGUAGUACAAAGAUCAGGAGAAAGAAAACCUCUCGAAAAAAAUGGGAAGCUGUGCAAGACAAAUGGGCGACCAUUGGAACAAUGUUGGAGGAACAUAUGGACGCGAUACAGGAAUGAUAGAUCCUCUCUUGAAACAACGAGAGAGUAACCCAGAAAAGUGUCACCCAGAUGUACACCGAGAGCGGUCAGAUUUAACCAUUUGUUUAUAAGUUUCGCACUUCUUGACGUGAGUAAUUUCAUUUGGCUUGGCUCAAAGCCUGACUCAGGAAGGCGUGAACAACAGAGGACUGUUCAUAGUGCAAACGUGUCUUAACCAUAGAUAUCUGUUCAUUGGGCUAUAUAGAUCCAAUGGAGAUGUGUGUAUGUUUGUUAUUUGUUGAUGAUAUAUCUAUGUUCUCUAUGUGAAAUAUGAGCCCACAUAUGGAUUUAUUAAGAUAGGGGUGAGGAUAACUUACGUUGCCUCAUCCUUUUGAAAUGUAAGCUUUUGUCUUAAUAAACAUGUCAAAUCAAAAA